AUGUAUUUUCGCCGCCUCGAGGAUGACCGCGUCCGUUUCUCUCUUGGAAAGGGAGUGACGUGCUGCGACUACAGUCCGAGCUGCAACCUGAUCGCGGGAGGGUGCUGGGACGGGGGGGUGCUGCUCUGGACGCCGUAUUCGCCGGAGACGCCGUUCAUUUCGCUGCAGUCGCCUGGGAGGCUUCAGGACCUGGCCUUCAUCGAGUCCACGCUCUUCACGCUCUCGAGGGAUGCGAGACUCUGCGUAUGGGACACGACGAACGAGCGACUUUUACGGAGCACCCAGCUGGACUUCCCGGCUCGGAAGGUGCUGGGCAAGCACCUGGAGUACCCCGGGAGGACCGUGAUCCCCUGGGGUGAAGAGAGGCCUCCGUCCCUGCUCCUGAUUGGCUGCUGCGAUUACAUCGCUUGGAUCUCGAUGGACUGGGUGGAGCGGAACCCGGACGACCAGUCCCAAUCCAGCUCCUCCACUACCCCCAAGAGUCUGGAGCAGUUUGACUUUGACCUGGACCAGCAUCCAAGCAGUAACAAGACCAAGCUGGCGCCGUCCCGGGUGAGGCUGAGCGCAAGCGAGAACAACCUGUCUCGGGCCCAGGUCCCCACGGCAUCCACUGCAUAUCGGGACAAGAUCUUGACCCAGAUGCAGCGGGCAUUGGAAGCCAGGCCGGUGAGGAACGUCCACCCGCACACGUUGCAGAUCUUUGAGGCGAAACGAGAUGGAAAAGGACUGAGGACCUCCAAAUGGGCCCUCCCCAAAAUCCAGACCUUGCGACUGGCCGCCAGCACGAAGGCAAGUAUCCACACCGCACAGUGUAAGCAGGAGGCCUCUCGGGAUCAGGUGAAGGCCAAGGUCGACCAAGGUUACCCAUACUGUGCACUCAAUGUUCCCGAUCUCACAGGAGACAUUCACUCAUCUGUCUCGCGAAGCGUUUCCUCCCAGUUUUAGUCCUCGUUCACACUGUGAUUUGUCCCACUUUUUUUCUUUGUCUCUCUGCACUGAUCUCUCAUUCUUAGUCAUUAUUGGUGCUCUCAUGAUUCCUGGUUUGGUGCUGUGCCUUGCCUGCUUCAUCCAUGCAUAUCUACUACACGUACACCUUUCAACAAUGAAAAAAGAUUAACAGUAUAAAGAUGAACAAAA